UCGCUUCUUGGAUCCCUAAAUAAGUGAGAACUCUCUCACUACUCCCUCCCUACGCACUCCUGCUGCUGCUACCUUCUCCUUCCUUCAACUUAAGUGAGUCUCUCUCUCUCUCUAUCUCUCUCUCUCUCUCUCUCUCUCGGAACGACAUUCGUUGAAGGGUUUUAGACCAUAUACCUCUUGUAGCUAGCUGUGUAGUCUGUGGAGUUUUCAAGUAUUUCUAUUUUAAGUAAGAAAAUGAGGGUUUGUCUUUCUUCAGCUUAGACCUAGAUGAGUCUUUACUCAAAAUGUUGUCUCUCACUUGGGGUUUGAGUGAGUCUUUCUAUUGGUAGAGCCUUAGAGGGUGAGGGUCGAUCUAACUGACUUUUGCUCUGCUCGAGUUCCCCAAUUUCGUAGAGGCCCUAGUUUUAGUUUUAGUAUUAUACAAUCAAUGGAUGCACAAGCUAAUUUCUGGAAGAAGAAGUAUAUAGAGGCACAAAAUCGGUUUGCGAUUCAGAAAGGGGAAGAUGAGUUUGAACUAAAUGAGUUGAAAGCUAAAGUGAAACUUCAAGACAAGCAAAAGGCUGAGUUGAUUCGUGUUGCUGAGGAGGCUAAGGAAAGGGUUUCUACAGCUGAAACUGAGUCUACUAGGUACAAGAAAAUGUGGGAAGAAUCGAGCAAGCGGAUUGAGGAAUCCAACAGAAGGUUUGUGGAUUUAGAGAAACAAGCAAACGCUAGGCUGAAAUAUGAGCUUGAUUUGGAGAAAGAGUUGAGAGUUUGUAAGACUAAGUAUGAGCAGAAGUUAGCAAGAGGGAUUUCUCUUGAAAAAGAACUCAAUCAGUACAGAAGCAACUUCAUUCAUCUUAACAAGCGGAAUCAGAGCUUAAAAGAGGAUAGUAAGUUCAACAGGAAGAUUGGGGAUUUGGAGUGUGAGAAAAGAAGGGUGGAGGAUAAGCUUAAGGUUUCAAAUGCAAGGGUUGGGAAAUUGGAAAGUCAAGCAGCAGCUUUGCUAAAAGAAUUAGACGUCUAUAAAAGGAAGUGCAAUGCUUUGUCUGCGGAGCUUAAACAGAAGGAAAUGGAACGUGCUUGGUAUGAAAGUAAAUUAACGAACAUAACAUCUAUCAAAGAUGCUUUCGAGGAUCAGCCUGAAGGCUAUAAAACAGCAUUUAGUAGACUGAGAGAGGAAAUUAUAGGUCUAGCUGAUGAGCGAAAGGCUAUCUGUGAAAGAGAAAAGGAAACAGAAGAAAGAGUUGCAUACUUGAAUGAUGUGAUUAAGAAGAUGGAAAAUGAUAAUAGAGAGAUGAGGAUGCAGGACUUGAGGUUGGAACAAGAUUCAACUAUGAGAUGUUCAGAUGCUCAUGGCGAAGCAGAAGGUGGGCAAAGAGGUCUGCAAAAUAAUGUUUCUUACACCGAUAAUGGGAAGGAAGCUAUAAACAGACAACUUGACAGUGAAAUGGAUGGUGGAACGAAAAAUGCUCUCGUGGUACCAUUGAUAAUGAACAAAAGUAAUUUGAGUAACACUGAGAACAUUCUUACUUCUGACAUUCCAGCUAGUAGCAGCUACUUUCCUCAUGGAAAAGGGGAUGAGCUUGUCCCAGGUCCUUUAUCUAUUGUUGUGGAGCAAGUUGAGCCUUUGAAUGUGGAGUCUGGAAAUGGAACAAGAAAGAGGAUUCAUAUUAAGUUAGAAGAGAGAACUGUACCUCUGUUUGAGCAAGGUUGUUCAGAUAAUGAAGAUCUGGUGCCAUCUUUUAAAAGACAAUUUCCAACCAGAAAGGUUGUGACAUUAAAUGUUCAGCGGAUGACACUACAUUAUCUUCAGCGCCAAAAAGAAGGAUGUUAGUUAAAAUUGAACCGAGGGAUAGUGAAA